AAACUAUCAAUACAAAAAAUCAAUGGAACAAUUCUUUGACUUACUGUUUGCUCCAUUGACUAGACAAGUGUGAACACAAUUCAUCAUGGAUUCUCCUACCAGUAAGCCAGAAAGCACCUGCAAUCAUGUGAAUCCCCAAGAAGUCCCAUCACGUUAUCUACCCUUCCUGGAAGCCGGUUUCUGGCCUGGAGCAUCAACUUUGUCCCCCUUCCUCAUGGGACGGGACAUGCCUCCUUUCUGGCCCAUGCCCUGGUUGCCCCACUUGUGGUCAGCAGCCCCACAGAAUCUGAAGCAGCAAGACACAGCCGGGCCCUUGCUUUCAUCAUCUUCAGCGACGAGUCCGAAUCCUGACCCGUCCAGACCUGUUCCAGUCGAGUCUCCGGGGAGGCUCGAUGCCCUGACACCUGCCUUCAGAACUUCUUCCCUGAGCAGUAGUCCCGUAAUCAAUGGGGCACCAGGAUUGAAUAGUCAUCGAGGUUUUGUAGAUCCCCUUAUUGCCUUGACAUCAAUGGAAGCUUCCCCAGUCAUCUCGAGAGCUCUGGCAUCCACUCUUCCACGACGACCCCGCAGCGAGAAGCGUCCCAUCCCAGACGACCAGAAGGACGAUAAAUAUUUCGAACGUCGAAAGCGCAACAACUUGGCUGCCAAAAAGUCACGAGACGCCAGAAAAGCAAGGGAGGACGAAAUAGCCCUGAGGGCCUGCUUCCUGGAGAAAGAGAAUGCAGUGCUUAGGGCACAGGUCAACACCUUGAGGGAGGAGGCUCACUCCCUGAGGCAGAUGCUCAUACACAAGCGACAUGGAGAAUGGACAAAGACGUAG